CGGUGCGUCCGCACGCCCCUCCUCCUCGGCUCCCUCCUUCUCCUCUCCGCGCCUCCCCGGCCCCCCCGUCUCCGCAGGCCGAGUGGUGCCGCCCGCCUCCAGCUGACCGGCCUGGAAUCCCGGCUCCGAGCCCCGGACUCGCGCCCGCCCGCGCGCCCGCUCCCUCCCCCUCCCCCCGCCCUGAGCCCCCCGACGCCGCCGCCGCCACCGCCUCCUCAGAGCGGGGCCCGGGCCCAGCCGCCGCCACCGCUGCCGCCGCCGAGCUCCGCCGCCGCCGAGCACCAUGGGAGACGCUGGGAGCGAGCGCAGCAAAGCGCCCAGCCUGCCGCCUCGCUGUCCCUGCGGCUUCUGGGGGUCCAGCAAGACUAUGAAUCUCUGUUCCAAAUGCUUUGCUGAUUUUCAAAAGAAACAGCCAGACGAUGAUUCCGCUCCAAGUACAAGUAACAGCCAAUCAGAUUUGUUUUCCGAAGAGACCACCAGUGACAACAACAAUACCUCGAUAACCACGCCAACUCUUAGUCCCAGCCAGCAGCCGCUUCCGACAGAACUGAAUGUAACUUCACCGAGUAAAGAGGAGUGUGGGCCAUGCACAGACACAGCUCAUGUCUCAUUAAUCACACCAACAAAAAGAUCCUGUGGUACAGAUUCACAGUCUGAGAAUGAGGCUUCACCAGUAAAACGGCCACGACUACUGGAGAAUACGGAACGGUCCGAGGAAACCAGUCGAUCUAAACAGAAGAGUCGACGUCGGUGCUUCCAGUGCCAAACCAAACUGGAGCUGGUGCAGCAGGAAUUGGGAUCCUGUCGCUGCGGGCUUUACUCAGCUGUCACCUUCUCUGGAAGCCUCCCUGGGCCACGGACUUCAACAUGCACGCCCAGCCAGGCGUCUUCUCCCUCUGCACAUGGGCUGGUGUCUGCUCCCUGGAAGGAAUAAAACACUUUUAAUAUAUUUGUCAGGAAUCGACACUUCAUUUAAUAGGAUGUAAAAAGUGACAAUUUAAAGAGCAAUUGAGAAGAGUCCCACAUCCAUCGUGGCUCGUGCUUCUAACUAAAAUCAGAAGAAUGAAAGCAGAAAAAGCACUGAGAAAACGGUAAAACGGUGUUUGUGUGUGUGUGUGUGUGUGUGAGGGAGAGACGGUGGGGGCAGGGGGGGCAGUUCAUAGCUGUCUCAAGUCCAAAGUGCUCUCACAGCGGCUCCUGUGAGACUGCCCUGCUGGGUGCUGGCUGCAGGGACACAGCUGCUGUCCGGCACACAUCCUACCUGCCCUAUACUCUCAGUCCACCCCAGAUGACCCUCUCCAGAGCUGCCGGAAGAUGACUUUGAAGGCUUUUUUCCCCAAAAGCUCCAAUGAAGUUGCCUUUCUACUCUCCAAAAAAAAAAAAAUCAUGAUGAAAAGUGAAGGGUGGGGGUGCUGGCCACCUCCCAUUUCUUUGCCUGGGUGGUUGUGACCACGGCGCUCUUGCGUCUUUUCCUUUCCAUUGGUUACUGAGGACCAUUGCCCUCAUGGGCCCGGGCCACAGGCACCCACCUGUCAGCCUCACCUGCCACCUCUCUUCAUGUUGGCUUGUUGCCCCUGGGGCUGGCCUGGGCAUGGGGGAGCUUGUCUCCCCGACCAGGGGCUUGACCAUGUCUCCUUCACAACCCCCACUCCCCGCGGACUCAGCUGAGGGCUCUGUGGUGCCCAGGAACCCUCCCAGCCACGUGCCAGCCCAUCCCAUCAUCAGCACUUGCUUUUAGCUUCAAGUGUUUAGGUUGCUUUGGUCCAGGUGGCCCAGGGGAGAAGUGCUCUGUAGGACCAGCCAGGCUCUGGAGAACUCCAGGCUGCCCGGGGACUUUCUGGUAGCCGCUCACUAGUCCCUGUUCCCUGGAGAUGAGGGCCUUGCCCUGGUGUGUGGUGUGACACACCUUGACUUGGCCUCCAGGCCCAGCUGGACACACGAAAAGAGUUCCUGCCCCAGUUGGAAGGCCCCUCGGGGAAGGGCAGUACCCCUCCAGCCUGGCAAAGGAGGUGAACCCCAGCCCCGUGUCCUUCUGGAGUCCAGGGCAGGCUCCCAGCAAAGCGAGGGGAGGCGAGCUGGCAGCGCAGCUGUGAGGGAAUGAGACUUUGCCCUCAGUCCUCACCAAUGACAUCUACUGUUAGUACCACCCCAUCUUCCCCGUACUUCUCUUUAUCUGAUGAUAAGGGGCAUCUUUAAAGUGCUGGAAGACAGGAGGGACAGAGAUCUGGAAGGGCAUGCCCCAAAGGAAAGAACCGCCACAGGCCAGGGAGCUGCAGAUGUGGGUCUAGGGCCGAGGCUUUGCAGCAUAUUCCUUUUCAGAUGCGAGGCUGAGCUGCCAAGCUGCUAUCUAGUUCCCGGAGCACAGGAGGGCUCUGCGUGCUCUGCGGGCAGGGGACUGGAGGGUUGCAGAUGCAGGGCCGGGCAGCUCCUCCAGCCCCUCCCCCCCACCAGCCCCCCCACCCCUCUUCCCAAGGUCAGCAGCAUGCUGCUCCAGGCCAGGGGCCUCUGGACAGGCGAUGCCCAUGUUUAAAAAGAAGCACGUGAAUGGCUCUUUCAAAAUGUUUGAACUCUGCCCUUGAUACGACUAUCUGGCUCCUCUGUCCCCAUCUGGGUAGAAAACACACUGGGGAAGGAACUGUGAGUGUGCAGGAGCUCUCUGGCUAAUUGGCAACCCGGGGCUGGAGGCUGAGUCAGCAACCAUGCUGGAGGGGCCUCCACUGUGAGCGGGCGCCCACCGUUCCUUACAGGAGCCUCCUCCCAUUAUGAAAUGCCUGGCAUCCCAGGGGUGUUCCGCUCACCCACACAACAGGGAAGUGGCAGAGAUCAGAGCUGAGGGGAUAGGAAGCAGCUCAGCCCUGCAGCUGGAGCUACUGGGGAGGAUGGAGAGCUGUAGACCCUGGCUUCUCCCCAGGAACCUGUCCGCCCUGCCCCGGUGGCCCUCUGAUGUCUGCCAUCCUGUGUUCACACGGAAGGACAGUCUUCCAAUUUAAUCAUGCAGUUUGAUGCUACCCCGCUAUUUCCAUAUGGACAAAUCACUCAAAACCAAGUUAAACUAGGAGGAAGCAGCUGACCCGCUGGCUCUUUCUAGAGCGCAGCUGAUUGAUAUAUCUUUGACGCACCUGAAAGGAAACUCCCAUGCCCUCACCUUCCUCUGAUUAGGGUUGCAGGUUGGCGCCGAGGACCCAAGGACUGUGGUGCUGCUCGCGUGCCAUGCCGUCCUGGGGAGACUCCCAGGCUGAUGCUGAUGGCGACAGAGGCCGGAGCUCUGGGCACAGCAGAGGGGCAGGCAAUGAUGUGCGCAGUUACCCAGGGCAGGCAGCACUGGAAUGGAAAUCACUAAGUCAGAGACGGAGCCAGAUCAAGCCACCAUCGUCAGAUGAGACCCUUUCGAUGAGGAUUAGGAGAAAAGCUUCUUAGAACUGCUAUUUUUCAAUCCCCAGUUGAGUACUGUGGUGUGGGGGAAGCACGGAGUACCAGUUCUGUGUUCCUGACGCUGAUGGGCAGGUGGCUGCCUCUCCAAUGCUGCGCUAAACACAACUGGAGGGGCAGCUAAGCCACAGCAGUCCCCAGCAGGUUUGGCCACGCCAGAACUCUGUAUAUGUUUAUCUACGUGAACUUCUGAACAGUGAAUUAGCAGCGGGCAUAGUAACUAUUUCCUUGUCAGCCUCCCAAGCUUAAAGGCUGGAUCCAUGUUAGGAAUGACAGGUGAAUAACUCAGCCACAUGAGUGACUAUUAACUCCAGUGUCCACAGGUUGAUUUGCUCGUGUGCAUUUAUGGAGCUUCCUCUGUGGCCCAAGUGCCAGGAUGAGCUGCAUCCGUGUCUCAUUUAGGAGACAUGCGUGAUGGGUCUCUGUCCCCCUAAGUGGAACCGUUCAAAACCAAGGAAGGAAAAUUAUAGCAUCAAAAGGGAUUAAAACUAGUGAUUUGCUGUUUGAGCAUUUCAAAUAGAUCCGGAACACCUAUGAUUCACUGAAUGGAGAAUAACUAAAAGAAAUAAAAAAUCAUUUAGUUGCCAGGGCAAUGUAUUCCAGCAGAAUGAUCACUCUGUGGAGGCCCAUUCCUAAAGGGUGCCUCCAGGUAGCAAAGGCCUGAUGCUUUCUCCUCCGCCUCACGUGCCAUUUUUGUAUUCCAACACAGGCCUGUCUAUGACUUCCUCCUGUUCCCUGCGCCUGGGCUAGAUUAGAGAGGUAGGGUGUUAAUGGUGGACUUGACGAAGAUUGAAGACCCAUUUUUCUCCCCCUUGAGACCAGCCUGAUUUGGACAAAUUGAGAAGAACAAAGCAGCCCCUUUCUGUCCUUGGGAGAAAACCUGUUCGGUGUCUGCUUUUGCAGCUAGGUCAGCUCCUCCCUGGAAAGGGGCAGGGGUGGGGGCAAACAAAGACCCCCUGCUCAGGGAGGAGACCAUUUCCUGCCGUCGCCCGAGCCCACCAAGUCACACCAGGCCCGCUGCCUCCUUUAUUGGUGCUGCCGGUUGGGGGAACGUGAGUUGGAGCCUGGGCUGGAGGGUAGUGAGCUGCCACUGGGUGCCCGCAGCGCAUGGGAGUCGAGCUGCUGACCGGCCAGGCUGGUGUCCCCUGUCCCCGAUUCCUCGCUAUUUUCCUCCUUCUGGCUGCUCUGCUGCUCUGGACACUCAAAGUGGACACAGUGGAACACCUGGGAGAGAAAAGGAAAAGACCCCAUGAGUGAAGGGUCAGCACACGGCCCUAGAGCUGCUGUGAGUCGGGAUACUGCCCUGCCCAGCUUCAGGGGCUACCACGAGGGAGUUAGAGGAGGUCCUUCCCACUGCCUACACCUGCCCCGGCGCAGACACCUGAUGGCAACUAGCAUGCUGUAAAUACAUUUUGAUCAGUCAGGAUGAAAGGAAAUGAGCCAGUGGCCCAAAAGGUCAGAAACCAUGACACGCUUCCUACAAAAUGUUCACACUGGAUUACUCCGUUUUUGCUAACCUUUGUCUAAUGGGCUCUUUUUUCUUUUUUAAUUAAUUUUUGUAUUUGGCAGUUGGGUUACAAGUCAACAGGAGUUGACUGUGGUGGUGGUGGUGGUUCAAUUCUGUGAGGUUGUGGAAAGCAGGUCUGCAGAUAACGUCCACCGUCUGUGUGGCAUCUGCGUGGGUUGUCUCUGGGUACUCUGGUUUUCUCCCGCGUCCCAAAGCUGUGCAUUUGAGGUUCAUUGGUGUGUCUGCAGGGUCCCAGUCUGAGUGCGUGUGAAUGUGUGUAAGCGUGCCCUGCAAUGGGACGGUGUCCUGUCCUGAGCUGGUUCCUGAGGCGUAAUUCUCCUGGCCCUGCAAUGGUUGAGCACAGACCCUGCUAAGCAGCUGUGCUGGGGAGUGGACUUCAACCUCAUGUGGCUCGAGCCAGCCUGGAACAAACGCCGCCAAUGUGUAGAAGCCCAGCCACCUGGCCGACAGUCACCCUCUAGGAGCUGAGAAGAGUUUGCAUACCUGACAGCAGGUCAGCCUGGAAGCACCAUGAGCUCUGUGCCAACACCAUGCCAGCACAGCGCAGACAGGGCACAGCACCGAGCUCAGCGCCCCUCAAGCAAGGGUGAGCCAUGACCCUGACCUGGAGAGUAGACAACGUGCUUCAGGGGGUCCUGACAGGCAUGUGUGAGCUGUGGGGUGCAGGAGAGAAGGGCAGGGUGGGGGCUCUCGUUGCCACAGCACGAGCAUGUGUGCACACACAUACAUACACCCUUCUACUGCAGAAUCAAGUUCACAGAGACAAAUGUAGUAUCAACUGCAGAAUUACAUUGAAAAUAUAAAUUCCACGCUUACCUCCCUGCAUCACUGUUUUUUCCAUAUUCCCACUUCAAUUCAUUUAUUGACCACUGUUUUAAAUUUCACAUUUCCUCAUAUGAACACUGAGACUGUGUCUUCCUGGUGUGUCCACUGUUUUGGAAGCUGCCAUUUUCUCUUAGAAGGAGCUGAUUUCCCUCCUUACAGGGCAGGGGCUCGCCUCCUGCAGACCCCUCACUGCCUCACGGCUGAAGCUGCCCCCACUUAGCCUAUGUCUCUCUCUUUUUCCUUUCUUUCCUUCCUUUUUUAUAAAAUCUCCUUCUGUGGGUCCAUCUGCAGGGCUUACCAGUCAACAACCGGAGGGGCUAGGUCCUAAGGGAAGGCCUUAUGUGGAGAUCUGAACACUAUUUGGGCCAUCAGCUCUGCCCUGGGCUAGGCUGGGUGAAUCUGAGAAUCACCCUCUAGGUGACAACCAUUAAUCCACUCCUCCAUCAGCUUCACAUUCUUGCAGCUUUUCAGUAACAACACCGCCCUGGGCAUGUCGGCCACCCGUGGGUGACUUGCCUUAUGAGGACUCCUCCUUCCACACCCAGGGAUAGGUGAGGUCAGGCUCUGUGGGGCCAGGGCAUGCCCUGAGAGUGCAGUCCCGGGUCUCAACACACCCCCCACUAAAGCUUCUCAUAACCCAGCAAAUACGCCUUCUCUUUUGCAAUAUGACCCAGAGCCGUAUUCUGUUCCCACGCCCACACGCAGGACUUUUCAGGACAGGCUGCGUUUUACUGCUCCUUCCCCGUUGACACGGGAGCUCUUUAUCCGGCCCCACCAUGUUCUUUAAUCGGUUAUUUGUGUAAUCCCUGCUCUCCCUGCUCCGUCACUCUCUGGAGGCCGCUCCCCAGAGCCUCAGGCUGACACUAAUCCUGGAAUUGACUUACAUUUGUCCUACUCCUUAUUACCGUUCCUCAAGCUCGCUCCUCUGCUAUUGAAUGGUUUUUCUCUCCUUUUGCUCUUGCAAGGUUCUCCACAGUCCUGUUAAUUUCCAGGCCAGCUCUUCCCCCAUCGGCCCCACAAGCCUUCAGGGUGCCUCCUGCUCUGUGGCCCACCCCGCAGCCUGCCUCCUUCUACUGAUCUGUCAGCUCCGAUCUGACUCAAGGACCAAGGUUUAGUCGUCCUUCUACCGGCUCGGGUUCUCGCACAAGAAUAAACAAAUCGAUAAAAACCCUGGAUUGAGAAAUAAAGUUAAAAAAGACCUCAGAGUGGCCUAGUGCUACGGCUUGCUCUUCACAGCCGGCCUCUCACCGGAGGAGGGAUCAGGGCGGGUCUCUGCUCUGCACUGAGCCUGGGAAGAGAUGCUGUCUGUGGUGAGCACGUGAUGGACAUUGCACGACCUGACCUGUGGGUGCCCUGGUUCUCAUUGUUCUCAUUUCCAGCUGCAUUUAUCUCUUGUCUGACUUGCACAGUGUUAAGGGCACAACUGUGUUUAGCCCAUUAGCCAAUUUGUUUUCAGAUAAUAAUGCAAAUGGCUGUUACUCCCAACGCACCUCACAAGACUGACAGCCGAUCUCAACUGCUUCUGUGUUUCCCUGUGGAUAUUUCUCCUAAAGAAACUCCCAACUCUCUCUCCCUGACGCCACAGAGCUCGCGGCAGGCUCUGCCAUCGAGUUAGGGGACCCUGGAAGCCCCUGGAAGCCCUAGGCCGUAACUGCCUGACUGAGCUCCCUGUGGCUCUGCCAGGAACUGGGGCCAUCUCAGAGCUGCGUCCCCGUCUGUGGUCCCAGAAUCCCAACAAAAUGAAGUGCAGUUUCCCUGAGCAUCUCCAUGAAGCCAUGCAGGUGCUGCCAGAUUCAAAGGCAAUACACAGGCAGGAGUUACCUGUAUUAAACCACAAACUGUGUGGCGAAGAUUCUAAGUGAAAAAAGAGUGUUUUUCAAAUGGAUAGGCGGGUGAAGAGGCAGAGCCUGCCAUGGGUGGGAGUGGGCAAGCUACAGGCGACAGGUGGGGAGGGAACAGCCUCUGCACACAAACAGAGCACAGGAUGAGCGUCACAUAUGCAGCAGACAUGGCCGGAGGAUGACGCUGCAUGCGUGAGUAGGGUCAGGAGGUACACACAUAACACAAGCAUGAAGCACCUCCUAUGUGCCUGACAGGGCGAGGUCCCAGCUGCCCUCAGAGGGUGUACGGUCCAGUGAGGCCAGCAGACACAUAAGCCAGGGAGAAGGAGCCCCAGGGACAUAGAGGAGUGGGACCCAGCCAGGCAGGGAGUCAGGGAAGGCUUCCUUGGGGAGGAGACAUCUGAGGUGAGUCUGGAAGGAAGAGGCAGCCAAGCUAGAGAGGAUGGAGGAGGGGGGACUUGGUGUGGAAGGAAAACAGGAAGAACUACACAGGUUCUCAAGUCAAAGGGUGGCGACAGAGCAAGGAGGGCCUGGGAACAGCAGGGCUUGGGGUGGAGGGGUGGGGGCAGAGGCCACACCCAGUGGGACAGGGCGAGGGCCUGGCCUCAAGCUGGGCAGGGAUCCUGUUACUCUUGGACAAAGGAGGCUAUUUAUUUAUUUAUGAGACAGAGUCUUGCUCUGUCGCCAGGCUGGGGUGCAGGGGGGCUAUCUCAGCUCACUGCAACCUCCGCCUCCCAGGUUCAAGUGAUUCUCCUGCCUCAGCCUCCUAAGUAGCUGAGACUACAGGCACGUGCCACCACACCCAGCUAAUUUUUGUAUUUUUAGUAGAGACAGGGUUUCACCAUGUUGGCCAGGAUGGUCUCCAUCUCUUGACCUCAUGAUCCGCCCACCUCGGCCUCCCAAAGUGCUGGGAUUAUAGGCGUGAGCUACCACGCCCAGCCUACGAGACUCUUUAAAAACUAAUCUUUCUUAAACUAAAAAAGUUAUUUAAAAAGGAAUAUAAGUUUGUGGUGACAAAUUCAAAUAACAAGUAUUUUAAAAAUCUGGAUGACAAGAAACCUUUAAACUUUGGAAUCCUCUGAUUUAGCAAUUUGGAAUCAAUAGGAAAGAGUCAUUUUCAAAUCAGAAAGAACAGAAUUUGGUAACAGACUGAAUGAGACUGAUAAAGGAAAGAAAAGGGCCCACAGUGACUGUCAGGGUUCCCUGGAAGGGAUGGGGACGGGCAUACUGUGGUGCCACAGAAAGUGCCCACAGUGACUGUCAGGGUUCCCUGGAAGGGAUGGGGACGGGCAUACUGUGGUGCCACAGAAAGUGCCCACAGUGACUGUCAGGGUUCCCUGGAAGGGAUGGGGACGGGCAUACUGUGGUGCCACAGAAAGUGGCAGCAGCAGGUCCCGGGCUCCAGGCACAGCAGCUCAGACCUGCACUCAUGCCAAAGACUCUCACAGACCCUUUCCCUGCAGUGAUUUCACUGAGUGCAGACUCCAGCAGGUGCGCCCACAGCACGGCUCCUGCCCUCAGGACCUCUCAGGCAGAUGGGGGCAGAGGCACCUCUGUGCUGGGGCCUGUGUUCACUCUUCUGCAAAUGGCGAGUGGCAGGCUGGGAAUGAACCUCAGGGCUGUGCAUCCCUUAAGCCUGGACCUUUCCACUGUAUCAACAUGCCUGCCUCACACAAACAAUUCUACCUGCACAGGAUCAGUAAUAGUUCAUACACCAGAGGUGUGUGAGAAACUAAUUUUGCCUGGAAGAGAGGUCAGGGCAGGCUACAGAGAGGAAGGUGUGCACAGGUGAGGCCUUGAGGGGUUGGAAGGCAGGGAGGGGAGCUGCUUUCCAGGCAAAGGGAACGAGGAGAAGAUUUCCACAUAAAGAUCUGGGCCCUGGCACCUCACUCCUGGCAGCCUGUCUACAGUUCACUCUGGUCACCCCUCUGUGGAGCAGUGUGCCUGCCUCAGUCAUCUCUGUUGAUGAUUUAAGCCUAGCAGCCUUCAGCCAAAUGUGGCAAGUGUGUAAGCCAACACCCAGCUAGCUCCUGGACCACUCAGAUGCCCAUCAACGUGUACGAGGCUGGGGUUACUUCUCCUGGGACCCCAGAAAUCCUCAGAUUUGCACGCAAUGCAAAUGGGCAUUCAGGAGGGGGGCUGUGGGUGGUCCCAAUUCUGUUCUUGGGAGCGGGAGUGAAAAGCAAGCCUGUCGUGGGGAAACUGGCACCUUCACUGGUGGCCACGCUGCUGGGGCUGGGCGUGAAGCUGCCUCCGGCCCUUGGAGAGGAGUGUGAGGGAAGGGAGGCGGCAGUGCUUUUUAUACACAGGAGCUGGAGGAGGGUGAUGGCAGCUUGGAGGAAGUCAUCACUGCCAUGGUAGGGGGGAAAUCUGGAAAUACUGGGCAUGUGGCCCUCUCCUUCCCACCGUAACCCCAAGCUCCUCAGCCCACUUCUUUCCACCAGGGCACCUUUGGGCCUCCCUCUAGGUGAAACAGCCAAGUCCUGAGUCUUUCUUUGCUCAGAAGCUCAUGUGAUUCAAUUUCUUUUCUCCAACCUUUCCCAAGACUGCAAUACCUCUUGGAAAGGAUGUGACCAACAGUGGCUGAGACAUACUGGCAGAGCCGCACUACUGAUUUAUGCAAAACCAUUACUCCGGACGCCGCAUCAUUCUCCCUUCCCCUUUUCAGUAAUCAUGUAUCCCAUUAGCCUGUUUGAUUGCCGCUGCUCACAAAGGGGCACCUUCGCUGAACCGUCUUCAAUGGCCUCUGGAUCUCUCCCCCGAGAGAAGCCAGCUAAUUUGGAAUGUGGUCGUGUGUAUGAAUCCGACACAGCCUCAGUCACAAUCGGGUGUCCUUUUCUGUAGCUGCUGUUUAUGAUCACUUUGCCUGGCCUCUCUGGGAGCCAUAAUUCACCACAUGCUGGAGAUAGCCUGGGUGUUCUUUUCUCCGUGAACCCUGGACACGAUGCACACAAAUGUGCUAGCCCCUUCUUGGUGACUAGGCUAAUUCCUCAGCUGCUUGGUGGCUGCUGCCUCUCAUUAGAAGGAUUCCCUGAGCACUAUUUGCUUGACAAAUUUUCAAGGUUUUUAAAAGCAGAAGCCUUUGCUAAUUUUCCCAAGUUGGCAUAAGAGUCCACUGUGAACUGCAGCAGAAAUUGGGGAAAUUUAAUAAAUGUUGAUCAAUGAC